AUGCUGGGGUACGAGCUGGGGUACACACUGGGGUACACCAUGGGGUACAUGCUGGGGUACACGCAGGGGUAUGAGCUGGAGUACGCACUGGGGUAUGAGCUGGGGUACAUGCUGGGGUACACACUGGGUUAUACGCAGGGGUACACAUUGGGAUAUACGCUGGGGUAUGCGCUGGGGUACACCCUGGAGUAUAUGCUGGGGUACACCCUGGGGUACACGCGGCGGUAUAAGCUGGAGUAUACACAAGAGUACAUGUUGGGGUAUGAGCUGGGGUACACACUGGAGUACAUGUUAGGGUACACGCUGGGGUACACCCUGGGGUACAUGCUGGGGUACACACGGCGGUAUAAGAUGGAGUGCACACAGGAGUACAUGCUGGGGUAUGAGCUGGGGUACAUGCUGGGGUACACGCAGCGGUAUAUGUAA